UCUGGCGUGAGUGAGGACCCGACGUACUUCCGUGCGCGACUCGCAGGGCUCGUUCCGACGAUUUCCUUCUGUGUUUUUCCCUCGGCCGGAACCGUUCGCCAGGAGCGUCUGUGUGUGGACUCGGGGCCCUGAUUACUCACCCUUCCCCCCUCCCCUCCUCCCCGUGGUCCGCGAUGGGACGCACGUCUAAGGACAAGCGCGAUGUCUACUACCGCCUGGCCAAGGAGGAAGGCUGGCGGGCCCGCAGCGCCUUCAAGCUGCUUCAGCUGGACGAGGAAUUCCAGCUCUUCAGCGGCGUGAGGCGGGCGGUGGAUCUCUGUGCCGCCCCCGGCAGCUGGAGCCAGGUGCUGAGUCGCAAGCUCGGGGAGUCCGGCCAGCCGGCCUGCAUCGUGGCCGUGGACCUGCAGGCCAUGGCGCCCCUGCCCGGGGUGGUGCAGAUCCAGGGGGACAUCACCAAGGCCUCCACGGCGCGGGAGAUCAUCGGGCACUUCGAGGGGCAGCCGGCAGACCUGGUAGUGUGUGACGGCGCCCCUGACGUCACGGGCCUGCACGACAUCGACGAGUACAUCCAAGCGCAGCUCCUCCUGGCCGCCCUCAACAUUGCCAUCCACGUGCUGAAGCCGGGGGGCAACUUCGUGGCCAAGAUCUUCCGCGGCCGCGACGUGACCCUGCUCUACUCGCAGCUGCGUCUCUUCUUCCCCGACGUGGUGUGUGCCAAGCCUCGGAGCAGCCGCAACUCCAGCAUUGAGGCCUUCGCCGUGUGCCGGGGCUUCGCGCUCCCACAGGGCUAUGAGCCCAGCAUGCUGAACCCGCUGCUGGACCACAGCUAUCACGGGGACUUCAACCAGCUCGAGGGCCCCACGCGGCUCAUCGUGCCCUUCCUGGCCUGCGGGGACCUCAGUGCCUACGACGCCGACCGCACCUACCCCCUGCAGCUCGAAGGGAGCCCCGCGUACCGCUACACGCCGCCCACGCAGCCACCCAUCCGGCCGCCUUACCAGGAGGCCUGCAGACUCAAGAAGUCCGGGGGUCUGGGCCGGGGCUCGCUGCAGCCCGGGGCCCUGCCCGACGCCCAGGAACAGGCAGCUUCCCAGCCCGAGAACAAGGGCGAGCAGGCUGUGACCCAAAGCCUGGGCUCCCUGUCCCUGGACUCGUAGGGAGGCUCUCCUCUCCCCCAAAAGGGUCUCUGGAAACAUCCCUACAAACGCACGGGGUGUGACUCUCCGGGUGCAAGGUCUUCCUUUCCUUAUCCCUCCUUAGCAUUCCCUAGGCUAAACCUAACAGUUUAAAUUGGUAUCUGUAGAGGUGGGAUGGGAUAGGGGAGAAUAUAUAUGUGUGUAUGUAUGCGUGCAUAUAUAUACACAUAUAUACAUGCACAUGCACAUUUGAAAUGCCAUUUAUUUACAUUUAUAAAAUAAAAUUUUAUUUUUUGUCAAUGUUUAAAAAAAUUAAUUUAAUGCCUUUUUUCCCUGUAUACCUCAAAUUCCUCCAAUAUCCAUCCUCCCCGUGAGCCAUUCCAUGUUAUAGAAUUUUUAUUUUAACAAAAAGGAGGAGGUGGUAAGAAUCGGCAAAACUCAUCAGUACUUUACAAAAAAAAUGUGUGCAAGGCUAUAUACCUGGGGGAAACUUCCGCCUUCACAAAGUGGUGGGGGAAAGUAUCUUCUAAUAUCUUUUGAGGCUGUGUUUGUAAUUUGUAAUUCUAUAGCAGAACCCUGUUUGUAACUUGUAAUUCUGCAGCAUUCACUUUCAGUUAUUUUGUGGUUGUAGAUUCUUAUUUAUAGGAAUUGUUUAGAUUUUUUGCAAACUGGAAUAGGAACUAACCAAACAAGUGUUUAUUAACUGAC